ACAUUGUACUAGUUGUGUAGCAAUUUGUGUUUGGAAUUCGAUUUACUAAACUACAUUAUCCUUACACUCCUUAUUGGUUCAUAUUAUUAUCCCUAUUCAUUUUAUUUGGAAAUAAAAUCAAUAUCCUUAUAGAUACAAAUCUAUUUUGCAUUAAGAUAACUAACACUAAACCAUUCUGCCCAGAACACUGAAACAGGGCGCACCAUAUUUUUAUUCUACAGUGAUAAUAAUAAUAAUAACUACCAUGGCAACAAAAUAUAACAUGUCAAUUCAAUUAUUUUUACUUUUUGUCAAUAUAAUCCUAAUUCGCAUCUCUCAAUGUAGUGAAAAUAAUGAUUAUAAUUAUGAACCUUUCAAACAUUUACAAUAUCCAACUGUAAUGAAAGAUAUAGAAGAUGAAUGUGAGAAAUGUGAUCGUAAAAAAUGUCCACCUAUUAUACAAUGUAAUGUUGGUACAGUACGUGAUAAAUGUGGAUGUUGUGAUAUUUGUGCAUUAGAAGAAGCUCAAUUAUGUAAUAUACCUGAAGAUUUUAAAAAUGGUAUUUUAAAACCAGGAAUUACAUGGCAUGGAAUGUGUGGUACAGAUUUAGAAUGUCGUACACGUACAGAUAUUGACUCAAAGAUAAUUGGAUCGCAAAGUAUAUGUUAUUGUGUUAAACCUGGUAAAGUAUGCGGUUCUGAUGGUGUAACGUAUUCAAAGUGUAAAAUGAAUGCAACAAUCAUCUCAUCGAAUGGUACAGUUAUUCCAAUUAGUGAAGGACCCUGUCAAACUGUUAUGCCGCGAGAAGGCAGUGAAUAGGACUUGUGUGGCAGUGGCUGUGUACGCAUGGCUAUGAGAGAGCAUUUGGAGAGAGGGAGCUAACUCUCUGCACUCUCGGCCGUGCCAGGGCAUUCGAUGGUCAGUGGAUGACUUAACAAUACAUCAGGCAGAACGUAGCUUACAAUCAAGCUAAUAAUCCUGUACAGAUUAUCACGUUCAAUAACUCAACCACUUUUGAUCGCCUCGAAAUGAUCAAGGCAAUUAUUUGUACAAAGCCUAUUCCUUGAACUAAAUUACUCAAAUCAAUUGAAGGGAUUAAUUUCAAAAAUGUUCCUUAUUCACUAUGCUAUACGUUAUUUUGACAGUUUUUAAACAGAAGAAAUGAAAUAAACUAAACCAUUUGGUUUGAAAGUGUUCAUACAACUUAAGUGAGGAGGAAAAUUAGACGUGUCAACUCUUCAAGCCAUCGACAUUUAAUAAUCAAUAUGUAAAAUAACACAAAUAGGAAAUGAAAUUGAUUAAAACGAACGAUGAACGAUAUAUCUGCAUAUACGAUUCACUCGCCCUAUACUAGAUACUGAGCCAGCACUAUUCUAUCAGAUAUCAACACAACUCAAAUCAAUAACACAUGGCUCAUCUGUCUGGUACAUGUAUCAGCGGAAAAUCAAAAACGGACGGCUGAUAUUAUUGCCAUGGUUAUUGUGUUUUCUGACCUUCAUUAAAAAGAAUUUAUGGAAAUGAUUAGAAAUAUCAAAAAUUAGUGAUUAAUUAAUUUGUAUUUCAAAAUUUGUGCUCAUGUGUUUAGGAACAAACAUUUUAUUGUCUGUAAUAAUUUAUUAAUUGGCUAUAAAUUGUGCAUUGUUUUAAUCUGAAUAGUGAACAUCACUAUCUACAAAAACUAGAUGGACCACCAUUGAAAACCUAGAAGCACUGGAUGUCUGUGAUCAGUGGAGUACAAUCCGUGUCGGGUGGAAAAACUUAUCUCUUUCAGAUAAUGGAUCAAGGGUUGCCCAAUAUUAUGGAUCGACCGAAUCAAACGUUAACAUCUUUGGAUGCCCGCUCAAUGGUCUAAAGGUUAGGCAUUCGAGUGCAAGACCGAAGGUCCUAGGUUCCAGUCCCUCAUGUUGGGCCGCGGAUGUACACUGCUGAGGAGUCACAUACUAGGACGAAAUGGCCGUCCAGUGCUUCCAGGUUUUCAAUGGUGCUCUAAAAUCAAACGAUUCAUGAUCUCAAUCAAAAACUUAAUAAUCGUUACAAGCCCAUACUGAUAAUUAAGGUUUGUGUUCAGCCACCUUUACUUGCAGCCCACGAUUGACCCUCCAUAUGUGCGUGUUUCCGCACAUACAUGUAAAUUGAUGGACGAAAUCGGAUGUGACACAAUCGCUUACAUGCGAUUUGACUUUUGGUAAAACAUAGACCUUGACUUUUCAAUAAUGAUGAGUUGGGCUGAAUAAAAUGUUUUGUUGUUAGCCAAUUUAAGUCUCCGUUUCAACAUGAGACUAUUUAAGUUACCUCUAAAUGGUAAAGUAAUAUGGAUUGGCUUUUUAGGUGCCAAAAACGUCCUAGGUCUCAUUGAAUUGCAACACUUUCAGCAGUCCAUGAACUUCAAUGUAUAACCGCUAUUCAUUAAUGUUUCAGUUAAAAGCUUCGUGUCUCCUUCACUAGUAUCACUAAUACAAAUAUGGUUGAUUCUAUUUAAUAGACCCUUUACUAAUCCACCUUUGUAAUGAAUCAGGCCGAGACUAUGUAAAUUAAGAUGUCCAUGUCGGUUUUUUAUAUACGGAACGUUUGAUUUUACCAUCAUCUCUCCUACUAAUCAGUGUGUCUAGAAAAGGAAGUUGGUUGUUCUUCUUUUCUUCGCAUGUAAGAGAAAUAUGCUUUUGACUUGUGUUGGGUUCUUUUUACAAGCGGUUCACAUCUUCACGUUUACCCCCUAUGAUUAUGAUGUACUGCUUACAUAGAUACAUCUUUUGAAUUGAAUCUUCAGCUGGAUUUUCAAUAUAUCCCAUAAACACAUCAGCCAGCAACGGUCCUAAAGGACUACCCAUAGCUAGGCCAUCGAUUUUUCGAAAGUGUUCACCCUCAAAAGUGAAUUUUACAUUGUCUGUACACAAUAAUAAUAAUAAUUCUUUAAGAGUUUUAACAUGAAAUGGCAAAGUAAGGUUAUUCAAUGAGAUAUAGUCACAUAAAGUAUCAACAGUUGCACGCAGGACAUCCUGGAAUAAAUUGCAUGAAAGCACUAGCACGAAGUUAUGUAUACUGGCCGCAUUUAGACACCCAAACGGAGCAGCUCACCCGUUCGUGUACCAAAUGUGCAUUAGCAACCAAAGCACCGCGAAAAACAGUGCUGAAAUCAUGGCCAAUACCACAGUCAUCGUGGCAGCGUAUACAUUUGGACUUUGCUGGUUCACUUCAUGGACAAACUUACCUUUUGGUGAUUGAUGCCAGAAAUUUUUCUCAUGAAACACCCGACAUCAAGCUGCACAGUCAGUAAACUACGUCGACUAUUCAGUCGUUUCGGAAUCCUGGAAUCGAUAGUUAGUGACAACGGAACACAGUUUACGUCCGUAAUCUCACAAUUUUGUCGGCAGAACGGAAUCCAUCACUUCCGAACACCUCCAUUCCAUCCCCAAUCAAAUGGCCAAGUGGAACGCUUUGUGAGUACAUUUAAAAAUGCUCUAAAAAAUCCAAAGGGGAAGGGAUCACUGAAGAGAUCUUAGAGUGGUUCCUGUUUAUUUAUCGCUCUACACCGAACCGUCAGACGAUUAACGGGGUCUCUACAGCAGAAGCUCUACUUGGCAGAAAGAUACGAACACAUUUCGAUGUCAUCCGUCCUACGCCAGCUAUUGGACCCCAACGAGACCUAUCGAUGGAGAAUCAGUUCAAUCGACAUCAUUGGGCACAAAGACGAUUGUUUAUGGUGGGACAAAAAGUACUUGCUCUGGACUAUCGUGAGAAACAUCCCACAUGGACAGCUGGUCGGGUCUUGAAAAAGAAGGGGAGUGUGAUUUACGAGGUGUCAGUUGGCUCAGAAGUUUGGGUACGUCAUGCUAACCAAUUGAAAGCAACUUCGAUAGCCAGCAGCGAGAUUCAAUAUCGAUUACCUCUUGAUGUUCUGCUAGACACCUUUGAAAUCUAAACGCCUGGAGCAGACAUGUCAGUGCAAGAAAAGAGUGAUACUUCUUUAUUGCCUAGACGAUGGACAAAUCGAAAGCACAGGCCAGUCACUCGGUUGCAGUUGGACCCUAGCACCAGAUCCUACGAAUCUGCUCAAAGGGGAGGUGUUAGUGGGACAUAGACUGGAUUAAAGCGUGGCUAAUUCUUAUCCAAUCAGCACUAGUCGAUACUUGGAGAACACUUUAGAAUCUUCUCAUGUAAAAACUAUAAAUAUACUAACGUUUACCCUAUUGUGCUUCUUGCUUCCAUCUAACCUUGUUAUCUGGAAUAUAAUCUCUUUCCUGUUCAACCGUGUUCUGUUUUGGGGACUUGUCGAGUGAUUUGGUGUCCAAGAAUACUAAGCAUUAGGAAUAGCUGGGUUAUAACCGUAAGAGAGAAAUAUAACAGAGGUACAUUUGUUUUUUGAUGGAGUUUUGCUCUUUGAGCUGGAUGGUUUGGUUGUGGAGGUUUCAUCGUUCUUGUGAACGACAUCAUCAGCACAAACUUCAUCCACCUGAGCUACAAAUCUUCACCAUCUCAAGCACAUUUGUGAAUAAAAUGUUCACAUUGAAGCUCAUUGUCUUUGUUUUUACAUUCAUAUCCAUUAAGUACUUAAUUAAUCCAAAUGAGUCAGUCAAGGAAUACUUACAAAAUUGAUUUCCGAUAAGGUUUAAUACUUUUGUCAACCAUUUUACAAGAUUGUGUGUAGAUGACCGACACAUUGAUAGGAUUGGACGUUAGAAGGUAUUGGACUUAUAAAUUUUUGGUGGUCUGUAUAAAUUAGGAUAAAACGAACCUAUAGGUUUUAAUAAAUUAAAUUUAUCUUUGCUAAUAACAUUCAUGUUAAGCAAUUUCACUAGGUUCGCAUUGACUUUGAAUUCCAAUGGUCAAAUAAAAUCACAUGGUAAAUAAAUAUUUCCUCUAUUGAGACCGGUCACAUCCGAUUUCAUCCAUCAAUUUACAUGUACGUGCGGAAACAGGUAAACAAGAAGAAGCAAUCAUGAGCUGUAAGUAAAGGUGGCUGAACACAUACCUAAAUAACUGCAAAAACAAAUGAAUUCUUAUGGUCAAAUAAGAUCACAGGAUAAACAAAUAUCUUCCUCCAUUACGAAACAUUUGGUUGAAACUGGUCAUAAGGCUGAUAUCAAGUCAGACUCUGUAGUUUUGUACAAAAGCUUUCAAGGGCAUAUGCUAAGGCUUUUUGAAGCCCUUGGCAUACAGGAACUGAAACCCUCUUUGUGUGUUCAAAUACAAUUUGUUCUUACCCUUAACCUAACCUGAAAUAUUGAUUUAUUAUCCAGCAUAGUUUUCACAUUGUUUUUGUGUACUUUAUAAUAAUCUUUCUUUCCGCUAUCCUUUUAAUUUGUCUAGUUGACCUUUUAUUUUUCAUAUAAAAUGUCUUAAAGAGUAUAUGUGUGAUCAGAUUGUUGAAAAUGUAUUACGUAAAACAUGGAAGCAAUGGACGGCCGAUUUGUCCUAGUAUGGGACUCCUUAGUAGUGCGCAUCCACCAUCCCACAUGAAGAACUCGGACCCAGAACCGUCGAUCUUGCACGCGAAAGCUUAACCUCUAGAUGAAGGGUUGUGCAAAUCAUGAAUCGAUUGAAAUUAGACAGUUACAUCGGCGGAUGCCGACUUAGUGGUCGACUCAUGAAAUACUACAAUUUUCACAAAUCCCCAUACUGAAAAUGAACAGUUGUUGCCUAAUUUGGCGAAUUCACAAACAUUUGAAUUAUUUUCCGUUAUGCAUUUCUAUAACAUUGUUCUGGAGACAUACGCCGGACUUAUGAAUACAGCCGCUUUUUUCACCUAGGACGCGAAUAACACUGUGAGAGAUAGGAUAUAGAAUAGAAUCUGGGGUCUAGAACCAAGUACAGUAAACGUAUACUUGGCAAAUGAAUUAGAUUAGUUGGAAAAUUAAAAACAUUAAACAAUGUUGAGAAUGAGUAUAGAUGAUGACUGUGUUGUGGAGUUUACGGAUUGACCAACUGUUUGAUCCUAAAUAGAUGUCACUUGUAAUGACAAUAAAUAUAUGUUAAAUAAAUUAUAUAAACUACAGGCUUGAUAGAAUUCAGUUAUUGACUGCUGAACUGAACUUGGUCUUGGGUAAUUCUAGUCUUAAGAGUACAACCAUGACAAUUCUCCUUCUCCACCGAUCACCAUUUCUGUUCGCUUCGUUGCUUUGAUCGUCUGCCUGAAUCAAUGAUUGUACAAAAUAUACGUAUUCUAAAUCCUUUCCCGUAUUUAACUUGUUUUAAUUCCUUUAUUCUCUAACGCGGAUUACGUCGAUGAUUAUAUACGAGAAUUGACUAUAUAUAUAUUUCGAGAGCAAUCAGUCAUACGAUUUAAUUGGAGUCAGAUCACAGGUCACUAAUGUGAUAAGCCCAUCGACAACAUCGUCCUAUCUAAUUGACGUCCAAAUAAAGGGUCCCACUAAAGUGGUGAAUCCGAUGUGAUUCGAACACUCAGACUUUUGAUCUGGAGUUAGAUAUAGGGCCACUAAAUACUUCUUCUUCAUUUAAUCUAGAACAAGCAAAUGAAAGUUUAAAAAGUUCAUUGUAUCUCUGAAAAAAGGCUAAUUUUAAACAUUUUGCUCUAGUUAUUACCUUCUGAUUACAUUGUAGAAAAUGGGUAGACCUUAAAAAUAUUAUUAAGUUUUAUAAGCAAAGAUGGUUAGUGGCUGGCAGUGGAAUCCAGUUUGACGCGCGUUUCGUCCUAUUUGAAACUCGUCAGCUGGAUGUACCUGCAUCUUAGAGUUGGUGUUCACCCCGGAACUCGAACACAGUACCGUUCGCUUCAAAUGCCAUCACGUUAUCCACUCAGCUACUGAGACCUAAUAGCCACUUGCUUGUGCAGGUUUGUUAUCUUGGUUAAUUUUUUGUGACCUUUUCUCAAAGUUUGUAUUAUUUGUUUACUUUGUAAUAAAUUCUUAUUUUUUUCCUUACCCCAAGCACCUUCGGUCAAAUUAACUGUAUUAAAUCAAACUGUUAUUGAAGGUACAAAUGUUACAUUGAUUUGUGAAGCACGCGGUUAUCCGCUUCCAACCAUUACUUGGUAUUUUAAUAAACCAAAUCAAAAGCAGGAUAAAAUUCAAAUGCCAGGUAAUUACAAAGAUUUUACUGUUAGUGUUCGUGGAGGAACUGAAGAAACACACACUAUAUCUUAUUUACAAAUAACAAAUUUCAUCUUAGAAUAUGAAGGUGAAUAUGUAUGUAUGGCUGAUAAUAUUGUUGGAAUUAAAGCACAAGGUACAUCAUUAGUUAGAAAUAGUGCUUCACCAAUGUUUUCAUCUUCAUUAAUUUCAUCCACUGAAUUAUAUUUACAUAAUGAUGAUGAUGAUGAAUCAAAACAUUAAUACAAUUGGAAUUGAGUACAAAUAUUUUUUAAACAAGACACCUUAACUAAUAUUUACACAAAUAAAGGUACAUUCUAAUUACCCAUUAACAGUUUAUCUGUUUCUUUAUGCAUGUUUAAUCAUCAAUUGUUUGUUAUUCAUUAAAACAAAACGAUUAGUUUGCUUUUUUUUCUCUUUUUAAAUUGAAAUCAACAAACCAAGUUCUAGAAAAAUAUAACUUUAAUUAUUAAUUCUUGCUUUAUAACUAACCUGUUGAUUGAAUAAUUGAUCUUAUCUUUGUACUGAUCAUAGUAUGAUGUGAGCUACUUAUAUCCAUAUAAGUAGUAGUAUAUAAUGAUAGUCAGGAAUAGAAUGUAUUUCAAUGGAAAAUCGAAAAGGAAAGAACGAAAAUGGAAAUCAAUUUGUAUGAAAAUGUAGGAACAAUGAAAUCUGAGACUAUGGAUUGAUAUUUGCAAAAGAAAUAGUCAAGUUUUGGACAAAUAAUGGAUAUUUUGUAAAUUGAGUAUUUACUAUAUGAUUCUCAGAUUUUACUAUGUUUGUUUGUUUGUCGAGUUACAUGUUAACUGAAUCGUUGAUCAUACUUCGGUACCGAUCAUAGUUCAUUAAACAUAAAAGGAAACGAUAUUGAGAUGGUGGGAGAUACAAUCAAAACAAAGAAGUAAACAAUGACAGGUUUAAGGUCAACAAGAACCAAUCAACAUCGAGGUCUAAAAGACAACCUGUGUACCACAUGUAGAGAAAAAUGAACACAUCACUCCUAUCUGAAUUUUAUACUGAUGAUGUCGUUCAGAAGAACGAUGAAAGAUCAACGACAAACCAGAGAACAAAACUCCAUCGGAAACGACAUUUGAUAGCACCUUUACCAAAAAAAGUGAGAAAUACCACUCAACUUCGAUUGCACUAAUUUUUUUUUAUCAUCAUAAUCAAGAAAUUCUAUUUUGAAAUCAAGGAUAAUAAGACUGAAAGAAAACCUAUCUAAAACUGAGAUAAUAGUUUACUUCAGCUAUGAAAAUAAUGAAGAAAUUAACACUUAGUUAGAUACAUGUAAUAAUGAUAAGAUAGUAUCCAAGAUAUAUUCUCUUGACUUCUGUUUGUCAGUAUUACCUUUAAAGUGCCCCUAAAUACCCUGGUACGACCGAAAAUGGGAAGGUUAACGUCUCACUCUCCAAAUGCUGUCAAGUAGCCACGUGCAUAAAACCACUAUCAGAGAAGUCUUACUCACUGCCAUGUCGUGGCAGGGGUGAUGUCUCCGGAAUCAAGAGGAUGAAAAGCGAAUGUUCGGCGAUUUAAACGACUUGAUGGACACAGAGAGUUCACUUAGGGGAGUUGGGAAACCCUCAUUUCAAACCAAUGGUGUACAUGGGCUACGGGAUCAUAAGGAAACAAAUGGCGUAUGAACUUGUUGUUGGUCACCGGUUACCAUGUGGUUGCAUCUCCUUACAUUGCUCCACUGACUUUAGGUCGAAGGCUCCGGGUGUGGCUCCCUAAGACACUUGGACAAUUGAGCAGUAUCACAGCCCUCACAUAAAUCGGAUGAUUUGUAUAGCACAUAUCUAUUUUUAUGCCUCCUUGUACUAAUGUUUAGGUCAGAAGCGGUUUGUGGAG